AUGGCGACAACGGCGUACCAGUUGUGGCUACAAAAGAGCGAGUACAAAGCGCCUCAGCCGCUCUCCACACGCGCUUCCAGCUAUGCUUCCGAUGCCGAAGUCCACACAAAGUUGGACCCAAAGACGGCCAUUCGAACGACAGCUUCGUCGCCUACUUCAAAAAAGUGGCGAAAACUGUCGAUUCAGCGUCGAAACGAAAACGCUGCCGAGAUGAAACCCGUUGCUUAUGUUGCCGCAGGAUCUGGUGACGUUCCAGUUGCAGGACAGCAAAAUCCGGAUAAAGUUGCUACACGGACGCCACAGUGGGAGGAAAACGAACAGCUGACGAACGAGUUGACGAUACCGAAUCGAACGAAAGCAUCGACUGCAUUGAGACGAGUAUCGACAAUGAAAGAGACGAAAAAAGAGCAGUGGAGACAGUGCGUUGGUGCCAAAUCCAGUUGUCAUUUCGUGACGAGAGAAGAGGAAGAUAGGAAUAUGAUACCGAUCGAGAGUGGUGCUAUGCAGUUGAAGCAGGUGGAUGAUGGACGGAACCGAAACGCAGGUGUGCUGACUUGUACUAGCACAACAGAACGGUUGUUGUGCAAUGUAGAGACGAUCAGCAGUGGUGGAGCUAUCGGAGGAAUCGGAUCGGAAGAUGGGCACUUUCGACGCUCGUUGCACGGCAAAGACAUUCUCAGAACGUCCGAGUGGACCGGAGUUGAUAGCGAGGAGUCUACGACGAGGCGCCUUUCAUUUUGCAGUGACGACAAAAAAGAGGCGAAACCGAGCACAACGAGUACGAAUGGGUUGCCACCAAAGCCCCGUCGGGCGGCGAAACAGAAGAGUGUGAACACCAUUUCGCUCGACGAGUGCCAGUACUGGAUGGCAGUUGACAGGUUUUCGCAUCUAGAGUAG